AUGAUUAAAAACUAGAUCUAUGAAAUUCCAAGAUCACUUUAAGAGUAACAUGAUUCGAUGGUUAAUUUAAAGACUUUUAUCAAGGAAGUGAUACAAGCUUCAGGAAAGAAGUGUACACCAGAGGAAGUUAAUAAGGUGUGUUAGAAUGACGCUGCUACAAUUGAUAACCUCUUGAAAAGAGUUCGAUAAUAAGGGAGUGAUGCUAAUAAUCCAUCAAAUCAGAAUGUACCAUCUCCUAUAAAUUAAAUCAAAUUGGACUCUUAUUAGCAGUUAUACAACUAGAUAGGAAAAAAUAUUGAUAGUUUAACAGAAUAAAUCUAAGCGUAGGAUAAACCGGGGAUAUAAUAUCACAAAGCUCAGCUGAAUUACUAAUUAGAAUCAGUCAAUUAAAAUUCUAUUAGGAUUGAUAUAGAUCUUGAAGUAUUUAGAGAGAAAAUACAAAUUAUUAAUGGAGAACGAGAUUAAAUAAUAGAAAUAAUGUAAGACAUAAUAAGAAAGUUUGAAGAAAUUAAUUCUCAAAAUAUUUCUUAAGAUAUAGAGGAUGAUGAGUCUUAGGAUAGUUAAUAUUAAAACCUAAAAAAUAUUAUGGAGAGAGCAAUUAUAGCUAUAGUAGAGGUAGAAGAAAAUCUAUAGAAUUGUGUUGAGUUAGUAAAAAGAUUUUAUAAUAAUAAUUCAAACCAGGGCUCUAAUAUUGUAGUUAUUUAAGAUUUAUAAAAUAGAUUGAAUGGGAACUUAUCAUUUUUUACAUACUUUAAAAAGGUUUUUAGUUAAACAAUAGAAGCAGUUUAACAAUUUUAAAUAUUUAAUAGAAAUUAGUCUUAAAAAAUUAGAGAUCUUUAAAGAAAAUUUCAUGAAUUGUAACGGACAAACAAUUAAUAUCUAAACUAAUUCAAAGUUUAAAUGAUGGAAUCAUAAAAAAACAAAAAAAAAAUAGAUAAUCUUAUGACAGGAAUUUGUUUAAAUGCCAAUAGAAAAACCAGCUAAGAAUUAUUAAAUCAUUAUGAGGAAUUCAAUGAUUAGAUAAUUAUUGGAAUAAAGAAGCUGUCUCAAAUAAUUUACGCAGUGUUUCCAAUAUAGAAUUUACAAUAAAAGAUUCAAUUAGAUCGUGAUACUAUAACCGAUAUGAUAAGUUUUAUCAAUAACAUCAGCCAAGAGAACGAAAAUAUUAACACUGAUAGUUAGGAAUAAUAAUGGGAAAGAAGUUUGAACUUGUUUCAGAAAAUUAUCUCUAAAAUUAGCACAGAUUCUCUUGUAAAUUAGUAUAUCAAGAAUUCUUUUGAAUGGAUUUUAGACAUUAAAAGAAAAGUUUAAGAAAAUAAGGAAUAAAUUUAAAGAAUUAAAGAAAGGGCUAAUAAUUAAGCACCCAUUUGAUUAAUUUAUAAAUAAGAUAUUAGAAUCAAUAUUUUUUUAA